CUCUCUUCUGAACAAACAAAAAGAAUCGAUGAACGAAGGCGAGAACUGAGACGCGAGCGAGUGAGAUAGAGAGAGAGUCUCUCUAAUCCGGAUUUUCCUACUUGAUUACUUUCCUUGCGAGAAAAUCCAAAUCAAUCCCGGAAAAUCUUUCCCUUUUUAAAAAAAUUUAUAUAUAUAUGUCUGAUUUUGUUUUCCUUUCCUGAAACGCCACCUCAUUCAAUGAACAAGUUGUAGAAUUUCCCUUUGCUUUCUACAACCCGUCCGUAGAUCCUCGGUGCUUUUCUUUUUUGUUUCUCGGCAACCAAUCAUGCUUUCGAUGCAGACUGAUCUUCGGCAACACCAUCUGCAACAACAGCAACAAUUCCAGCAGCGGGAGUCACAGGUGCAGGUUCCUAGGGUUUCAUACAUUGGCGAUCAGCGUGACGAUUCCUUUGUUCUGCAUUCGGAGACUUCCUUGUCUUCCUCCACUCUCAAUCUCUCACAGGCGUUGGAGCCCCGUGAAGUUGAUGAGGACAUGCUCUUGGCCCUUGCUCAUCAAAAUUACAAAGCUGGGAACUAUAAGCAGGCUUUAGAACAUAGCAAUGCUGUUCAUGAAAGGAACCCACGGCGUACCGAUAAUCUUCUUUUGUUGGGUGCUAUUUAUUAUCAGUUGCAUGAUUUUGAUAUGUGCAUUGCAAAGAAUGAAGAAGCUCUUCGAAUUGACCCACAUUUUGCCGAGUGUUAUGGGAACAUGGCAAAUGCUUGGAAGGAAAAAGGCAAUAUUGAUUUGGCGAUACGCUAUUAUUUGAUUGCUAUUGAGUUUCGACCCAAUUUUUCUGAUGCAUGGUCGAACUUAGCUAGUGCUUACAUGCGGAAGGGAAGGCUUAGUGAGGCUUCCAAAUGUUGUCGCCAGGCUCUUUCAUUAAACCCUUGUUUGGUUGAUGCGCAUAGUAACCUUGGGAAUCUGAUGAAAGCUCAAGGUUUAGUGCAAGAGGCAUAUAAUUGCUAUGUUGAUGCUCUUCGUAUACAACCAACGUUUGCUAUAGCAUGGUCCAACCUAGCUGGCCUUUUCAUGGAGGCAGGUGAUCUUAACAAGGCUCUUCAAUAUUACAAGGAAGCAGUUAAGCUUAAACCAACAUUUUCAGAUGCCUACCUGAACCUGGGAAGUGUUUACAAGGCUCUGGGAAUGCCUCAAGAGGCUAUUGUGUGUUAUCAGUGUGCCCUUCAAGCUCGUCCAGACUAUGCUAUGGCUUUUGGCAAUUUAGGUAGUAUAUAUUAUGAGCAAGGCAAACUGGAUAUGGCAAUACUCCAUUAUAAGCAAGCCAUUGCUUGUGAUGCUGGAUUCUUGGAGGCAUACAAUAAUUUGGGUAAUGCACUGAAAGAUGCUAGUAAAGUUGAAGAAGCGAUUCACUGCUAUCGUCAAUGUCUGGCUUUGCAACCCAGCCAUCCACAAGCACUUACUAACCUUGGAAAUAUAUACAUGGAAUGGAACAUGAUGAGUGCUGCUGCACAAUGUUACAAGGCAACGAUAUCUGUGACAACAGGACUCUCUGCUCCUUUCAAUAACUUGGCAAUAAUUUACAAACAACAGGGUAAUUAUGUUGAUGCUAUAUCUUGCUAUAAUGAAGUUCUGUGCAUCGACCCUUUGGCAGCUGAUGGACUUGUCAAUCGGGGAAACACAUACAAGGAGAUUGGUAGAGUCAGUGAAGCGAUUCAAGACUAUUUACGGGCUAUUGCCAUUCGGCCAACCAUGGCUGAAGCUCAUGCAAAUUUAGCUUCAGCUUACAAGGAUAGUGGGCAUGUUGAAGCAGCUAUAAAAAGUUAUAAGCAAGCCUUGUUUCUUCGACCUGAUUUUCCAGAAGCAACUUGUAAUCUCCUACAUACCUUGCAGUGUGCUUGUGACUGGGAUGAUCGCGGUAAGAUGUUCAUUGAAGUUGAAGGGAUACUUCGGAGGCAGAUAAAGAUGUCGAUUAUUCCCAGUGUGCAGCCUUUCCAUGCUAUAGCCUAUCCCCUUGAUCCAAUGCUUGCUCUGGAAAUUAGUCGUAAAUAUGCUGCGCACUGCUCUGUGACUGCUGCCCGUUACUCACUUCCUCCCUUCAACCAUCCUGCUCCAUUACCCAUAAGGGGUGGGAAUGGCCGUUUAAGGGUUGGAUAUGUCAGCAGUGACUUCGGGAACCAUCCAUUGUCACAUCUUAUGGGCUCAGUAUUUGGCAUGCAUAAUAGAGAAAAUGUUGAGGUGUUCUGCUAUGCUUUAAGUCCAAAUGAUGGUACAGAAUGGAGGCUGCGUAUCCAGACAGAAGCAGAGCACUUCUUAGAUGUGUCUUCCAUGUCUUCUGAUACAAUUGCUAGGAUGAUUAAUGAUGAUCAAAUACAAAUCCUGGUCAACCUUAAUGGUUAUACCAAGGGCGCUAGAAAUGAAAUAUUUGCCAUGCAGCCUGCUCCUAUCCAGGUUUCAUACAUGGGAUUUCCUGGAACAACAGGAGCGUCUUACAUACAUUAUUUGGUCACUGAUAAGUUUGUUUCGCCUAGUUGUUUCUCACAUAUAUACUCUGAGAAGCUUGUCCAUCUCCCUCAUUGCUACUUUGUAAACGAUUAUAAGCAGAAAAAUUGCGAUGUAUUGGAUCCAAAAUGCCAACCCAAGCGUUCGGAUUAUGGAUUGCCUGAGGACAAGUUUAUAUUUGCUUGUUUCAAUCAGCUGUACAAGAUGGACCCUGAUAUUUUUACAACUUGGUGCAAUAUUCUUAAGCGUGUUCCCAAUAGUGCACUUUGGCUUCUUAGAUUUCCGGCUGCGGGCGAGACAAGACUCCGGACAUAUGCUGCUGCACAAGGUGUGCAACCUGACCAAAUUAUUUUCACAGAUGUUGCCAUGAAAAGCGAACAUAUCAGAAGAAGCAGUUUAGCAGAUCUAUUCCUUGACACGCCAUUAUGCAAUGCCCAUACAACGGGCACAGAUGUACUUUGGGCUGGUCUGCCAAUGGUGACCCUUCCCCUUGAGAAAAUGGCAACUAGAGUUGCCGGUUCACUUUGUCUGGCCACUGGAGUUGGGGAGGAAAUGAUUGUCCAUAGUAUGAAAGAGUAUGAAGAGAAGGCAGUGUCAUUGGCACUAAAUCCCUUGAAGCUCCAGGAUCUUACUAACAGACUUAAAGCAUCCCGUUUGACUUGCCCUCUAUUUGAUACAGCACGCUGGGUGAGGAAUCUUGAUCGAGCAUAUUUUAAGAUGUGGAACCUGUACUGCUCCGGCCAACAUCCUCAACCCUUUAAAGUGACCGAGAAUGAUUCAGAAUUUCCAUAAGAUAGAUAGAGAGAUAUACUAUCGAGAGUGACGGAAUUGUAGAUAAAGUUAAGAGAAUGUUAUUUUGAAGGUUAUACUGGUUGACAGCAGUGGAACAGGACUGAGACUCUUGGGUAUAUGUCAUGCAUGGCUGUCAGUUAAAUUAACUCUUUUGGGUACAAGUAAUAGAAGAAAUGUGAGUUGUGAUGCUUACAUCUAUACUCAGCGCAAUGCUUUUUUUCUUA